ACCGCACUGCGGCGCUGUCUGUUUGCUUGAUUAUGAGUGGAGCUGCAUCUACCGAGGCAAACCGUGACGCUUCAGGGUCUGGCUGCUAUUAUAAGUAAAGGCUAGAAAUUGAAAUACAGAAAUUAACACUGAAGAUGGUCAAAGGGACUGAGGCAGUUACGGAAUAUCAGCCUUUGCUCAGUGAUAGUCACAUGAAGCUUCCUAGUAAAUCUCUCCUGCUGGCUAUUUGCGCAGUUGGCAUCGGAGGCACCUUUCAGUGCGGUUAUAACAUUUCCAUUAUGAACGCUCCCACAAAGUCAAUCCAGAACUUCAUCAACCAGACCUGGCUGGGCCGAUACGAGACAGACAUCCCAGAGCACACGCUUACUCUGCUGUGGUCCAUCAUUGUCUCCAUUUUCACACUUGGGGGUUUGAUUGGUGCUUCCUUCGGCGGAAAUCUGGCCAUCAAGCUCGGGAGGAAAGGGGCCUUGUUGAUAAACAACACCUUUUCCUUGCUGGCUGCUCUGUUAAUGGGGCUGAGUUAUCCAACGGGACUCUAUGAGCUUCUUAUUGUUGGCCGUUUUCUGACCGGGAUUAAUGCGGGUAUCAGCAUGUGUGUGCAGCCCCUGUAUCUGGGGGAAAUCGCCCCGAGAGCAUUUCGUGGGGCAGUGGCAAUGGGUACAUCCAUCUUUAUAACCAGUGGUAUUUUGGUAGGACAGGUGAUUGGCCUCAAAGAGCUGCUUGGCAGGGACGACCUCUGGCCUGUUCUGCUGUCCACCACGUCCAUCCCAGCCGUGAUGCAGCUUCUCAUUCUGCCCUGGUUCCCAGAGAGCCCGCGGUACCUGCUCAUUGAACGUGACGACAGUGAUGCGUGCACAAAUGCACUGAGGCGGCUGCACGGCCAGGAGGACUACAGGGCAGAACAGGAGGACAUGGAGAGGGAGAGGAUCAGCAGCCAGGGGCAGGAGCCAAUGUCACCAUGGCAACUCUUCAGGGACCCCACCCUCCGCUGGCAGUUGACCACUUCAGUGCUGCUGAACGCUGCACAGCAGCUGAAUGGCAUCAAUGCUAUUUAUUUCUAUGCCAGUUACGUGUUUGGCCAGUCAGGGAUUCCAGCCAGCAAAAUCCCCUACGUGACAUUGGGGACGGGUGCUUGUGAGUGUCUCACGGCCCUCACCUGUGGCAUGCUCAUCGAAUCCCUCGGAAGGAGAGUGUUGAUCAUCGGGGGUUACUCACUGAUGACCUUCUGGUGUGUCUGUUUAACCUUGACGCUGACUUUACAGGACAUCAGCCCCGCGGUGCCUUACCUAAGCAUGGCUUGUGUCUUCGCUUUUAUUCUGAGCUUUGGUCUGGGACCAGGCGGUGUGACCAACAUCCUAAAUGGCGAGCUAUUCACCCAGACCUCGCGAGCAGCUGCCUACAUGAUUGGAGGUUCCAUCAAUUGGAUGAGCUUAUUCAUUAUAGGCAUUUUGUUCCCAUUCAUUGUGGAUGGCCUGAAGCAGUACUGCUUCCUUGUGUUCUUGGUCAUAUGCUGCUUGGUGGCGACAUACAUAUUCUUCAUGGUCCCAGAAACCAAGAACAAAACCUUCCUGGAAAUACAAGCUGAGUUCCAGUCUAAAUAUGCAGGGAAAAAUAGCAGAGGGGGUGGAGUUACCCUCUGCUCCGUGUCUCGGUGACAUCAUGUGUCUGGAGUGUGCAUUUAAAAACAUAAUAAUAUCAUUGUAUUUCUUAUGUUCUUAUUGUAAUUAUUACUAUUACUACUAACACUACUGAUUUUAAUAAUAAUAAUAAUAAUAAUAAUAAUAAUAAUAAUAAUAGUAGUAGUAGUAGUAGUAGUGAUAAUAGUAUAUUGUUAAUAUCAGAUGGGUGGCAUCGCUCUGAAUUUUGCAAAGAUGUACAGCAGUGUUUUUGCAGGGUGAGUCUUACAGACGGAACAAAACAUGGUGCUGUGAGCUUACAUAUUGUACAUGUUAUCGAUAAAUGAAUAAAGUCCCUUCUGUCUGUGGUAA